UUUGACCAUAGCUAGGUAUUUUGUUAUGCAUUGGUAUUGAUCUGACCUGCCCGUUACAUGUUGAUGUGAGAAUUGUAUUUAAAUAUUUGAUUAGAGGUUGCAUACAUUGAUUGAAUCUUGACGAUGUAUAUGAAAUUUACCAUGCUGGCAAAAUUUUCUUGAUAUUAAGUAUAGGGACUCUACUUAAAAGGUACAUUUUGCCUACUGCGUCAGAUAACGUCAAACUAAAAACAACAUGGUUGAUAUGGAAGACGAAGACCAAGAAAAACUAUUUCAUCUGAUUCAAAAUGGAAACAUAAGGAAACUUACAAACUUUUUCAGUGAAGAUACGAACAUAAAUAUUGACUUUGAAGAUGCCUCAGGGAAGACACUUCUUAUGUGCGCCGUGUGCUAUGACGGAAAGGACGACAUCAGAACACAUAUGGUGAGAACGUUGUUACGUCACGGUUGUGAAGUCAAUAGACAAGACAUGUAUGGUCGCACAGCGCUGAUGUAUUCAUGUAUGGACACAGGAAGUGAGGACGUUACUAGACUGCUUACAAAGAAAGGAAAUUGUGAUCCUAAUAUUCAAGAUAAUAAUCUCAAUACUGCACUUAUGCACGCAGUCCUUGCUUCAAAUCACGCAGCUGUGUAUAUUCUUGUUACGUCGUCUGCAACGCGGUCAAACAUUAAUCUGGAUGUACAGAACGACCAGGGACUUACUGCUUUAGAACUCGCAAUCAAAUUAAAAAUGGGAGAAUGUUGCAAAGUUCUUGUACAAAACGGAUGUGUAGAUAUGAAAAAUACAAAGGAUUUAAAAGGACUCAGAAUUCUGUUGGGCAAAGAGAUUGACUAUAAUGGAAGAGAACACAGUUUUGUGCGCAAUGAAUUUCAGACGCUGUCUUUGCCGAGGUCUUUUGGAAGAUCUUCGACUUCUUCGACGUUAUCCUCAUCUUCAUCACCUCGAAGAUGUUCCAACCCAACUCCCGAUUUUGUGCGACAAACCGGAAUUAAUUCUUUCGCAGAAGAUACGCAUCGAAGCGCAAGAUCGGAUCACACCAGUAUUAAUCGGACGCACCAAACAUACGACAUUAGCUGGGUAGGUAGUCCUAGAAAAUUACGACGCGCUUUAACUCCUCUUUUCAAAGACAAUGCACGCAUAGAGGAAGAUGAAGAAGACCAAGAUAUAUUCAGAUUUCGCACGAGACUACCCAGUAUCCCGAGUGGGAAAAGACUUUGUACGGUCCAUGCUGCAUCUGAUUUAACUACACAAUGAUACAGGAACGCUCAUGGUUGAUUUUUUUUAUUAACAAUAAAAUACAGAAAUGAUUAUAAUAUAUGGUACGAACUACACAAUAAUAAUGAAUAAAAUUAGAGAUAAAGUUUUUAGUAUAUC